UGUCGGGGCAGGGGGAAGGCAGUCCCGGACUGGGGCCACGAGCUGGAGGAUGGGUCUGAGAUCCGAGUGUCCCCUAGCGUUGGUGACGGCGCUAAGCUUGAGUCUGCUGCUGCUGGGAAGCGGGGCUGAUGGGAAAGAAGAAGAAGCAUCCUGUGGCAUGGCCCCGCAGCCACGGAUCGUGGGGGGCUCCAAUGCGUCCCCAGGCCAGUGGCCAUGGCAGGUCAGCAUUACCUACAAUGGCGUCCAUGUGUGCGGAGGCUCUCUGGUAUCCAAACAGUGGGUGCUGACUGCAGCCCACUGCUUCCCAAGGGAGCACAUACUGGAUGACUAUGAGGUGAAGCUAGGGGCCCAUCAGCUCAGCACCUAUAACCCUGAUGCAGUGGUUAAGACUGUAACGAAGGUCUUCACCCAUCAUAACUAUGUGGAAGAGGGCUCCCAGGGGGACAUUGCUCUCAUCCAACUCAAGUCUCCUGUGAUCUUCUCCCGGCACAUCCGUCCUGUUUGCCUCCCAGCAGCCAAUGCCACCUUCCCCAAUGGACUCCAGUGCACAGUCACAGGCUGGGGCAAUACGCACAGCUCAGUGAGUCUUCCUAGCCCCAAGAUCUUACAGCAGCUGCAGGUGCCUCUGAUUAGCCGACAGACUUGCAAUUGUCUUUACAACAUAAACCCUGAUCCUGAGGAACCACAUACAAUCCAGCAGGACAUGGUGUGUGCUGGCUUUGUACAAGGUGGCAAAGAUGCCUGCCAGGGAGAUUCUGGAGGACCACUCUCUUGCCCUGUGGGAGGCCUAUGGUUCCUGGCUGGUGUUGUGAGCUGGGGAGAUGCCUGUGGGGCUCCCAACAGGCCUGGAGUCUACACUCUGACUUCCAGCUAUGCCUCAUGGAUCCACCAAAAGGUUUCAGAGAUUCAGCCCCGUUAUGUGCCCCUGAUCCAAGAGUCCCAUAUGGAUUUGGACCUGUGCAAAAGGGAGCUUGCCAAAGUCUCCUCGGCCUCAGCCAUCCUGGCACCAAGCCUGAUGCUGCCCAUCAUUGUGUCAGUCUUUUCCCAACUCCUGCUCUAGAACAGAGUUCAACUACUACAGACUACGACAGACAGCUUGGUUUUGCUGGAGGGCCUAGUGCCUUCUUCAUCCUUUGCCUCCUGACCAGGUGACACUUUCCCGAUUCCCCCUAACCCUGGAAGACUGAGCCACUCCUUUCUCAGUGGGGCCUGAAGCUUGAUUGUGGAAUUGUGGAUUCACCUUUUAAACUGUCUGUGGCCUCCAACACAUUAACCUGUGUAACAUGGCAAUCACAUAACCUCUCUGGGUCUUGGCUUCCUCCUCUGUAAAAUGAGGGGUUGGAUUAGAUGCCCCCAAGGUUCUUGGAGGGCCUGAGGAGACUGCCUAAUCUUUAAACCUGCUUCUUUCACACCAGGAUGGCAAUUGUCCUUGGCAUGUGGUUGGGGGCCUUUGAGGUUGUUUGUGGCUCUAUGUCGUCAGAGGUCUGUCAGCGGAGACUGUUCCCAAGAGUGGCUGAGCCAGUACUUUCUAUCAUUCCCAGGCUACUGCUAGAGAACUCUCCUCCUGUUCUUCUGGAGGACUUUGCCCUUUCACCCCAACCCUUACCAACCCCAUAGGUUUGGUGAAGCCUGGGCAUCUCCACAAAACCCAGUCUCAAAGCAUGGGUGCUUGUGUUCUAUGAAUGAGUACCCUCUCUCCAGUAAGGGGAAGCUGUGUGCCUAUUCACAUGCCUCUUCAUGAAGGAUCAACCUCCUCAACUGGCUGACCACCUCCAUCCCCCAUUACUGAAGGCCAUAACAGGUCCUUUCUACACAUGAUCCUAGAAUCAGCUGUUACUGGACUUCCUCCUCUCCUCUUCUGCACCCUGGAGGACUGAGCCACCCCUGGGAAAAGGGCUGAGAGGUGAGGGGGUGUACACGUGUGCAUGCACAGGUGCAUGUACUGGGGGAGGGGGGGCAAAAUGGUCCUACUGAACAUAAUAAACCAUUUGUAUAAACAA